GUUCCGGGAGUAAACUUGUCGAGGAUUUUACGUCUGACGUUCGUAUUCGGUUCAUUUUAAACGUCUUGCAUUCGGUGAUACGAUACUCAAUAUUAGUAUUUUGUAUUCAUUUACAUUUCACAAAAUCUGUGGAAGUUCUGUGAAAUUCCCCUUUUAAGUCAAUGCGCAUUAGUGGGCGUUCACCUUUACGAACAAAAUGCAAAGAGUACAUUUUUUGAAAGACUCCUUCCUGAGCUUGGACGCUUUCCACAAGCAGGUUGUGAUCGGCACUGCUGUUGCAGCAGGCGUUGCGUUGCUGUACAUGCAGCACAGAAGAAGUCACAAGGUCCAAACUAUUCCUCUCGGCGAAGGUUGGUGGGGAGCAGGCGAGAAACCACAGUCAGAAGACGACAACAUCUAUUCUUUUGAGGUGCAAACCUCCGAUGAUGAAAUCAAGGACCUUCAAGAGCGCCUUGACAAGACCCGCUACACUGACCCUCUGGAAGAUAGUGCCUUUGAGUAUGGAUUCAAUUCAAUUUACCUCAAGCAAGUGGCUUCCUACUGGAGACACGAGUUUGACUGGAAAAAACAAGUGGCAGUGCUGAACAAGUAUCCACACUUCAAAACUAAAAUCGAAGGAAUAGACGUGCAUUUUAUCCAUGUGCGGCCAUCUCAACAAAAGAAUCAAAAGGUUGUCCCGCUGAUGCUUGUCCAUGGCUGGCCAGGCUCUUUCUUUGAAUUCUACAAGAUCUUGCCACUCCUCACAGAGAGCCACACUGAUCUCGCCUUUGAGGUCAUAUGCCCAUCUAUACCAGGAUAUGGUUUCUCUGAGGCCCCUCAUAAACAAGGCUUCAACAGUCUUGCUGCUGCCAGAAUUUUCCUGAAGCUGAUGGAGCGUUUAGGGUUCUCGGAGUUCUAUCUGCAGGGAGGAGACUGGGGCGCUCUCAUCACUACAAAUAUGGCACAGAUGAAACCUCAGUGUGUGAAAGGUCUCCAUUUAAACAUGAUUCUGUCAAGAAGAGGGUUUAAAGUGCUGCUGUCCCUCCUGAUUGGCCCUUAUCUGCCCUUCUUGGUUGGUCUGAGUCGGGAAGAUGCCCGCCGCUUGUUCCCAUUCUUUGAAAAAAAUGUCUGGACCAUCUUGAGGGAAACAGGCUACAUGCAC